AUGGCAGCAUCAUGGAUGCGACCUCGGACGAUCGUCUGCUCAACCGACGUGGAAGAUCACUUUGGACCCAUCGUCAGUGAAGUAUGCGCUUCUGGGUUCGACUUCACAUGGUAUUUUGAAUCGGUGAUCCUGUCCCUUCCGGUCACAGCCGUCUUUCUCGUAUGGGCUCUCCCGAGAUUGUUCAAUUUGCGAAAGCAAUCUAUCAAAACUCAAGGGGGAUAUUGGGCGACGGUCAAGCUGGUUCUGUAUGUCUUUCUUGCAAUUAUCCAGGUCGCGCUACUCGGUCUUUGGGCCUCCUCACUGGCACAGAGAACCCGUGCAACGAUCGGAACCGCCGUGGUUACACUGGCUGCCUACGUUGUGCUGGGAGUGCUGUCACAAUAUGAACAUUCACGGUCGAUUCGACCAUCGACUGUUAACGCCGGGUAUCUUUUCCUCUCGGUCGUGUUGUCGCUGCCAGAAGCCCGCACAUUGUACUUCAUCAACACAACACGGGCCAUCCCCAUUCUGUACACAGUGAAUCUGUGUCUGAGAGUGAUCACCCUGAUUGUUGAGUCGAUUCCGAAAACCUCGAUUCUCAAGCGCGCCUACCAGAACCCGCCACCAGAGUCGGCUACCGGUGUGCUCGGCCUGAGCUUCUUCACAUGGAUCAACCCACUGCUACUGCUGGGCAACAAGACAGAUUUAACUGUGGAGCUUCUACCUGCCCUUGAUGACUCGUUCUGUGCAAAGGGGGUCACCCCAAAUGGACUCGAGAGGCUCUGGCGAAAGAGUAGGUUUUCCAUUUCCAUCUCUUGGAAGAAAGCCGCGAGUGUUUCUGACAUCGUCAUUUGUUGGACAGGCGGCAACAUUAAUUCACCCCACAGCUUGCUGUGGGCAUCGACCAGAUACUUUGCAGGAACAUUCCUUGUCGGAAUCUUGCCACGGCUUCUGCAAAUUGGCUUCGUUUUUGCGCAACCAUUCUUGGUCGACACAACCGUGAGCUGGGUCGAUGAAACGACCACAGAGAACACGAUGAAUCGAGGCUAUUCGUUGGUUGGCGCGUUCGCCAUCACGUAUACGGGUAUUGCGAUCUCGACGGCACUUGCUCAGCACCAAGCUUAUCGGUUGGUGUCCAUGAUGCGAGCAAGUUUGGUUGACAUGAUCUUCCGACACAUGACCGUUAUGCGGGAGAGCGACAUCGAUUCCAAUGCGCCUGUAACCCUCAUGAACGCAGACAUUGAGCGCAUCGCCAGUGGCUUGCGAUAUGUUCACGACGUCUGGGCAUGUAUUGUCGAGAUCCCAAUUGCAUUAUACCUGCUAUGGAGGCAACUCGGAAUCGCAAGCAUUGCUCCCAUCGUCGUCGUCAUUGUCUGCAUGCUGAUGUGUGUGCUGAUCUCUGCUCUGGCUGGUCCGCGUCAAAAGCUUUGGCUGGAGGCAAUUGAGCACCGUGUGGACAUCACCUCCCAGGUACUCGGAUCUGUCAAGGGUGUCCGCAUGGCUGGACUGACUGAUAAUCUGUACAACAUCAUUCAAACUAUGCGGGCCCACGAAGUUCGCAUGUCCGAGCGAUUCCGUCGUCUUUUGAUCUUGGUGGUCGCCGUUGCAUACAGUAAUCAAUCUGUAUCCCCUUUAGCAGCUUUCUUGAUCUAUUCUCUCAAUGCCCGGUCCUCCGGCGACGGCACGCUGACACCAGCCCGGGCUUUCACCUCCUUGACACUGUUCACUCUUCUCUCAACUCCACUCUCCAAUCUUGUCGAGGCAGUAACAGGUAUUGCGACAGCCGUUGGGUCAAUCAAGCGCAUUAACUUGUUCUUGCAGAGCUCUCCCCGUGAUGACGGUAUGUCAAUCGAACCCGAGGACGACGCAUCAACCUCUCACAGCACUCUCACCGUUAAUUCUGAAGUCCAGCUUCAGACUCUGGCACCAGAUAUGAAGGAGAAGCAAGGCGUCGACUAUCCCCGAGUCUCAGUUGGCGAAACUUUCCCUGGUUCCGAUUCAUAUCCACAAUUGGACUUUGUAGCAGAGAACCGCAGCACUGGCUGGGAUGAAGAGAAGCCAAAUGUUAUCAAAGAUGCUUCCUUCAAUAUCCAACGGGGAACUCUCAAUAUCAUAGUGGGUCCUGUGGGCUGCGGCAAAUCAACCUUUGUCCGCAUGUUACUGCGAGAAACACCUAUAGUGACAGGAACACUUCAUGUCAAGGCUGGCGCAAUCGCUUAUUGUGCGCAAGUCCCAUGGUUGACGAACCACAGUAUGCAAGACAACAUUCUUGGAGAGUCUCUUUUUGAUCUUGCUUGGUACAACACGGUUAUCCAAGCUUGUGUGUUAGAGAAGGACAUUCUUGAUCUUCCAAAUCGGGACCAGGGUCUUCUGGGAUCUGGGGGUGCAACACUCAGUGGUGGGCAAAAGCAGCGUGUGGCCAUUGCGCGUGCAGUUUACUCGCGAGCGGAGACAAUCAUCCUCGACGAUGCGCUUAGCGGCCUUGAUCGUACGACGGAGGAGACCAUCUUCAAUAAUCUCUUUGCUCCCGGAGGCCUGCUUCGCAGAAUGGGAACAACAAUUAUCAUGACUAGUAACAGUGUUUCUCGUCUUCCCGUCGCAGAUCACGUUAUUGCACUGUCCAAGACAGGCAGCAUUGCUGAGCAAGGCUCUUACAAAGAGUUGAUGGACCGACCAGAGAGCUACAUUCAGACGCUUUCGGUUCCUGAAGGCAGCAAGCAGGUGGCAGAUGAUGAUAUGGAAAUCACAGCCGCUCCAGAGACUAAGAUGCACCGUCCACUGAGUCUUGCCAGUCUGAAUCUCGAAGCUCCACCGCUCACAGAUGGACGACGAACAGGUGAUAUGUCCAUCUACUGGUAUUAUAUGAAUAUUCUGGGAAUCUGGCGAUCUCUUAUUUUCGUCUUGCUAAUCUGCUGCUACGUGGUGGGCAUUGCUUUCCCAACGAUCUGGGUGCAAUGGUGGACGGCCGACAACUUGAAAUAUCCCAAUGAUAACCUUGGCUACUGGCUUGGAAUCUAUGGCUGGAUUGCAGUUAUGGCUGUUUCCACGCUCGUCUUGGCCUGUUGGCAUCUGAUGUCCAAUCUGGUUGCUCGUGCCGCCCGUUCUAUGCAUGGCCUGCUCCUGAAAAAGGUCUUGGAUUCUCCCAUGUCGUUCUUCCACACAACGGACGUCGGUCAGACAACCAAUCGAUUCAGUCAAGACCUUCAGCUGAUCGACAUGGAGCUUCCACUCGCCGUCCUCAACACCAUCCUAACUUUCUUCACAUGCGUCGCCCAGAUGGUGGUGGUCUGUAUCUCUACUAGCUACAUUGCUGCCACUAUUCCGGCCUGCUUGUUUGCAUUCUGGUGUGUGCAGAGAUUUUACCUGCGAACAUCUCGACAGAUUCGAUACCUCGACAUCGAGGCCAAGGCCCCGUUGAUUUCACACUUCCUUGACACGCUCAAUGGCCUGACCACCGUUCGCAGCUUCAAGUGGGAAUCGCAGUACCGUAAGAAAAACGCAGAACUGAUCAACUCUAGCCAAAAACCAUUCUACUUGCUGUUUGCCAUCCAACGCUGGUUGGAAUUGGUGAUUGCUUUGUGUGUUGCCGGGUUCGCAGUUGUGCUUGUAGGCAUUGCUGUUGCCACACGCGGCAGCUUGAGUGCUGGUUUCCUGGGCGUUGCUCUCCUAAACAUCGUCACGUUCACUGAAAAUUUGCAAGGGCUCAUCAUGCAAUGGACAGUGCUGGAGACAUCUAUUGGUGCUGUUGCCCGUAUCCGGCACUUCCAUCGCACGGUCGACUCGGAGCAUCAAGAAGCCGAGACGGUGGACCCGCCGGCCUCUUGGCCUGAACAUGGCGAGAUUCAGAUCACUGAUCUCGUGGCUUCUUACAAGGAUAGUGCCAAUCGUGCCAUCGACAACGUCUCGUUAUCGAUCCGACCGGGUAGCAAGGUGGGUAUUUGCGGCCGAAGUGGAAGUGGGAAAUCAACUUUUGUCUCCUCGCUGUUCCGGCUCAUUGAACCCUCAAGCGGUUUCAUCAUCAUCGAUGGGCUUGAUAUAUUUACCGUGCAACGACACCCGCUCCGCGCCCGAUUGAACUGUAUUCCUCAAGAACCUUUCCUCCUUCCUUCGUGCUCGAUUCGUGUCAACAUGAAUCCAGGCGGCGGUGUGGAUGACGAGCUCCUGAUUGACGCACUGAAAAAAGUGCAACUGUGGGAAGUUGUUGAGAGCCUUGGCGGUCUCGAUGCUGACAUUAAUCCGGAAACAUUCUCGCCUGGUCAGAAACAGCUUUUGUGUUUCGCACGCGCCAUGGUGAGAGUCGAAGGCAAGAUUCUGAUUCUAGAUGAGGCAACAAGCAGUAUCGAUAUGAAAACCGACGAACUCAUGCAAUCCUUGAUUCGUACCGAGUUUGCCUCGCAUACCGUCAUCGCAAUUGCCCACCGUCUGGAAACAAUCGUCGAUUUUGACGAGGUCAUUGUCAUGGAGAACGGCCGGGUCAAGGAGCAGGGCCCACCCAGAGAACUGUUGGAACAGAAGGGCGCAUUCUCGGAACUCUAUUGGGAUUUGGGUCGUGGAUCUACUCGUACACCUAUGGCCAUCUAG